AUGAGGGCAGCAAAUCUCAUCGCUGCCGUGGCGAGUCUCUCAAUUUUCAGCGUAGAAGCUUUGAAGCUUGCGAAACGAGAUACUCCUGCUGUCUUGAAGCUCGACCUUCAAAAGAGGCGUUCUGGAACCUUUGCAAACUCGACGUUAACGAAAAAGCGACAAGGGACUGUGGAGACCCCAGAUAUCAACUACCAGACGCAGCUUCUUUACAUUGUACAGCUGCAAAUUGGUACCCCGCCACAAAGUACUUAUGUGCAACUCGACACUGGAAGCAGUGAUCUGGUUGUCGAGACUGAUUCCUCGAAUAUCUGCUCUCAAGCACCGCCAAAUCCUUGCACCAACUUUGGAUCCUACGAUGCGAACAGCUCAUCAACCUAUGAAUACUCGGAUAGCAACUUUCAGGUCUCGUAUGGAGGUGGUGACGGGGCUACCGGAGACUGGGGUUCAGACACUAUGAUGAUUGGCGGCGCUGUCCUCCAGAAUACGCAAUUUGGUAUCAUGUAUCGUACGACAGUACUUGAGGGUAUUGUGGGAGUCAGCUACCCUAUCAUCGAAGGUCGAAAUACCUUUUCCGGAGAGCCAAUUUACGACAAUUUACCUGUUCUUCUGGUGAAACAAGGAUACAUUGCAUCCAGAGCCUUCAGUCUAUGGACCAAUGACGAUAGAGCUUCGGCAGGCACUUUGCUUUUCGGAGGUAUCGAUACAUCAAAGUUCUCUGGUGAACUUGUCACUAUCGACUUGGUUGCAUCUGGAUUCGAUGGCUUCCCCGGUGUAGUGGACUUCACUCUCGCCUUGAAUGGCGUCUCAGGAACCGAUGCCAGCAGUAAUCCAGUUUCCUUCGUCGAUGGUGCGAAUACUAUCAAUGUACUAAUGGACUCUGGAACAACGAUCACGGGACUGCCUCAAGAUCUUACGACGUCAAUAUGGGCUUUCGUUGGUGCAACACCGGAUAGCAGUAAUCCCACAUCAGCCAACAUUCCAUGCUCAGCUGGAUCUUCCACGGAGACUAUCAAUUUUGCCUUUAACGGAAUCACGAUCAAUGUUCCAUUGAGCCAAUUGGUCAUCUUUCCAGAUUCCAACAACGAGAUCUGCUUCUUUGGUAUUGAUAUAUCCACUGACUACAUCAUUGGAGAUACUGUGCUCGCAGCGAUGUACGUUGUGUAUGACUUGGAUAACAACCAAAUCUCCCUUGCUCCUACGAUCUUCGAUUCGACUGCUCCGGAGAACAUCUUGCAGAUCAUGGCGGGUCCAGGUGGCGUUCCGGACACUUCUUCAUCGUCUGCCGCAGUGCCGUCUACUGUGUCUUCCAGCGCGCCUUCAAGCACCAUGUCUAGCAGUGUCGCCACUUCAGUGUCAUUGAGUAGCACGCUAUCUUCCAGCUCAAGCAUCUUCGGCCUCCUCGACUUCGAGCAGUUCAAGUAG